AUGUCAGACAACCAACCAAGGCCGAACUCACCUCCCCAUGCGAGCGAUGGCCACGACGACGAAUUACCAUCUUUGAAUCAAAAGGGCGAAUUCAUCGCGAUAGGCUCAACAUCCUAUGUUGAGCGUUUACCCAAUGGCGCCAUCAUCAAGACAGCCUGGCCCGGCGGCGACCGCGCCUGCCAGCGACGCCAUGAAAUUGCUACAGAGGCCGAGAUAUACGAUCGACUAGGUGAACAUCCUUGCUUAGUGAAAAAGAAAGCUUGGAACCCAGACGAAUUCGCCUUAACCUUGGAAGAUAUGCCCAACGGAACGCUCAAAGACUUCCUCGAGUCCCACACGGACGUGCCUGUGGAACAGCGACAGCAAUGGGUUACUCAGGCUAUUGAGUGCAUCAAGCUUCUGCACAGUUCGACAAUUCUUCAUUGCGACAUUGGGCCACACAAUUUCCUCUUGGAUGACAGUCUGCGUCUUAAAAUCAUCGACUUUUCUGGAUCAUCCGUCGACGGCUCCCACACUGAGAUCAGCCCUGGUACUCGAUACGCAGCCCCUUUACCCAACCGCUCCUUGCAAUGGACUCCAACAGUCAGAAGCGACCUCUUCAGUUUAGGAUCAACCAUCUACUACAUUAUGAUGGGCAAAGCUCCAUUUCAGGAUUUCCAAAGUGGAGAAGUUCGGGAGAUGUACAACAACCAAGAAUUUCCAGACUUGAGUGGCGUACCUCAUGCAGAUCUAAUCCGAGGCUGCUGGACCCAAAAUUUCGAUUCCGUGGAUGGGCUGCUUUCUUUCUUGGACAUCUGA